AAUGACCUGUUGGUAUGCGUACGAAGAAAGUACAGACAACAAAGAAAUUUAUUCGUGGAGGGAGAAUCUCAAGCAUGCGCGGAGCGCAGCGAUCUCGAGUUUCAGCGUGCUUUACUUUUGAGGGAUAUUGUCGCGCUACGAAUACCUUAAUAUUGCAGUUAACUUUAUCAGAUAUCAGACUUUUAAUGUACAUAUAAAAUAUAAAUCAUAUGCAACUGAAUUUCGAUAACUGGAAGCUCUGCACUAACUGAAUCGCAUACUAACUGAUGUCGUACAUCUAACAGCGGUGAGAUAUUGUUGUCGUCUGAAUAAUCAACCAACGCGGUAGUAAUACAUAAACGAAGCACGUUCUACGGCCGCGUGCAAUGCGACAACGUCGCAUUCACGAUCGUGGUCGUAUUUGUCGGUUGCGCUAUUGCACUGUAUGAGAUUCAGACGAUUCAGACCAGUUUGUUCUUUGUCGCAUCGCACGCACGACGUCUAGUAUGCAUACUUUCGCACAGUUAUUGAUUUCUGAAGUGCAAAAAAGGCCUGUUUUAUGGAAUAGAUGGGAUGAAAACUACAAAAAUCGAGUGUUAGUGGACAAGGAAUGGGAAAAUGUGGCAGUAGUAUUAAAAAAAGACAAAGUGGAAGCCAAGUCGAAAUGGCGAAAUUUGAGGGACCAGUUCCAAAGAGAACUGAAAAAAGUGAAGAAGCUCCGUUCUGGAGAGUCUGCUAGUAUAUCUGUGAGCGAUUAUAAAGGGAAGUGGGUAUUUUUCGAAAUGCUCUUUUUUUUAAAAGACACUAUGGUGCUAACAAAAUUGACGAGCAAUUUCGACAAUGUACCCAGCGCGGAUACAUUGAAUUCCGAAACGGACACAAACUCUGAAGAUUUGGGACAAGAAGUUGCGGAUACAACGGAAGCAUCUGAAAGGAUAACGCCACCGCGUCAUCUCGAGACUUUCGAUACUCAUAGCUCUAGAUUUGAGGAAUCUCUCGAAAUUCCACGUCUCCAUAAUACGCCAAUCUACCACCAUUCGAAAGGAAGAAAAAGGACAUUAUCUGACUUUGGAAGAGAUAUGUUAGAGAUGGAAAAGAAAAAACUUCCGGCAUUCGUCGAACACGGCCUAUGCGAGAGACACGAGCAAGAUGACGAAGACAUGCAUUUUGCAAAGUCGCUGGUACCGUCCCUCAGACGAUUAGAUCCUAUCCGAAAAUUAAUAAUUAGGAAUAAAAUUCAAAGUUUGUUAAUUAAGGAGUUAAUUCAUGAAAAUUCGAGUUUAUCAAGUGAUUCGCAGGCUGGGACAUCUACCGGCGAUCCUUUGGCACUGUAAUAUGUAUAAUAGUAUUACAAUGUGUAUAAUUAGUUAUGAAAUAACAUAAAGAAAUAUUUUAUAAUUCUAUUAAAUUUUAUACGAUUUUAAAUAUGUAUUCAGUUUUGUCCUGUAUAUUACCCAAUAACUUAUUUAUAAGCACAGUUAAAACCACACAAGCUUUGUUGAUUAUUCUGUAUCAACAAGAUCACGAACAUAUAACUGAAUAAGAUGAAAAAUAAGGGAUAAACAAAGGAUUUCAACUCUUUUUACCGUUUUUGGAAUGCGACACCCCAAUCUACGGCUUUGUUAUGCGAUCCUCUCGAACACGAUUAUAUAUACUAAUCGCGCUCUCGAGUAUUCGGGAUCUGAUUAAUGUUUAGAGCGUGAUAUAAAACGGUUGCUAGGCCCGAACGACGUUUAUACGUACUUUGGCGGAGGCCAUACGAGCGUUGAAACGAGGUCCGCUGUAUGACAUCCGUUGUAGAAAUAUUGAAGCCCUCUCACUAGGAACAUGCGUCUUUUCGAUAUACGAUAAUAUGUACAUAUUUCUACAACGGGCAUCACGCAACAGAUGUCGUUCCAAUGAUUGUAUGGUCUCGGCUUUACCGAUACCGAUUCCCAUUUAUAUUAAGGCGAAAAUAAGAAAGAAGCAAGACGAGCUUACGAAAAAAUUUAGAAACGCACAUCGGCAUGGUUCUUCUACACUGAAGCAGAAGAUCAAGAAACCAACCUGUCUGAAAUUAGGAAUAGAAUUGACAACGAAGUUAAAGAUGAAUGGCAAUAGCAACCGAAUGCAGUACAAGCGAGACAACUGGACAAGAAGGUUUAUCAAGGUCGCAUACUUCUUUAGAAAAAAUAAAGUAAGAAAUUGGUUACUAUUGCGUGCAGCUUCUGACAGGAUACGGAAUAUUCAAUUCGUUCGGGAAAAAAAGUUGGGAGUCGUCAGGUAAAGUGAGACGAACCGGAAUUGUGGACAAAGGCUGGAUAAACUAGAACAUUUUAUUUUGUGCUAUUCUAAAUGGAGUCUGGCCAAUUUUUCUUGAAAAAGUAUGUAAAUUUAGUCAUUCUUGAGAUCGUUUCAAGGUGACUAUAAUAAUUAUAAUGAAAGAUAGAGAGUGGGAAGAAAAGGAAAUUCAAAUUAGUUAAAGGAGAAGAUGAAGAAUCGUAAGCACGCGCUUCUAAAAUAAGUAACAACAGUGUGAUACAAACCUGAAAUAAUAGAGGAAGGACAAAUAUUAAUGUUCGAUGCAAAUAAACGGACUUGUUUAGUUCAAAGUGGAAUCCAUUCCCCAAGGUAGCACAUUUUAUACCGUGCUGCAAAGGUGGCCAAGGGUUUUAGUGGGUUUUGUCGCGCAUCAUCUCAGACAGCUGAACCAUACAACCACAUAACCCGAUAGUACGCUGCCGGACAUGCAUCAAAUGUAUUUUCCGCCCUCGCGCGCGUGAAUAAAGUUUCAAACGCCGUGCGUACGAUGCGAUAAGAAACAAACCAGUUCGAAUUCCAUCGGACCGACAUUGGUGAGUCGUACGACAAGGUCUAUAUACCACCGGUCGUCGAAUACUACAUAUUUGCGACUGGUUAACUUUCAAGGUAUCUUUGUCUAUAACACUUAUAUAGUAAUUAAUCAGGUCCAAGUAUAUUAAGUUUGGUGUAGUGACAAGAAAUUGAAUCAGAAAAUUCAAUUUAAUAUCCAACAAUUAAAAAAUAAACAUCUUUUCCACACCUUCCAUCAUAAAUUAUUAUUAUUAUUCAUAUACAAUAUUUAUGUAUAGUAAAGAAAAAGCAUAUAUAAUAACAAAUAAAAUUAUACAAACAUUAAUUUAGAAAAAAAGAAAUCGUACAAUGAUAUUUUUUUUCGUAUCACGCUAGUUUUAUUCCUUUCUCACAUACACACAUACAACUUUUUCUCUCUUUCGUCCUCUUUUCUUCAAUGAGUUACUUCAGUUUUUAUUUCUCAUUGCGCAUUAAAUUAUAUCAUUAGAAGGACAUCGAA